AUGCCCCGCUACUUCGUGGUUGACGCACGCUUCAGCAUGAGCAACGACCCCAACUCUCGCAGUGGCUCCAUCUCAAUCUCGUCACUCGGUGCUUUCCCAGCAUCGCCAGUCAACCGGUUCGCCCAGUCCAUGGGCCCCGAGCGCACCAAUCCAGCGAGCGAGCCCUUCUGGACUCGACACACCACGCCAGCCAUGUCCACUCGACGCUAUGAUUUCGUGUUGGACGAUCCGUGGGACUUUACGUACGCCGCAAAGUCCAACCGACGAAGUGUGUGGCGCCGAUUCGCCGAAAAUGUCGACAAGUGCGUCUUCCGCGUCAUGAGCAAAUUCUACAAGUAG